UUGACAUUUUGUUUCCGUUUUGGCAGCCAUGCUUUCCAAAUAUUUGCUGUGAGGACUUCGAAAAGAAUAGAAAACAUCUCAAAAAUGGCUGCGGAGAAUAAGGAGAGAGUCGCUCAGCAAAUGGAAGAGAUUUCCAAGAACAUGGACUCCUUCAAGAAACAGUGA